GCGAAAGAGCGAGGCAGCAGUGGCCAGAUGGAGCCCUGUUUGUUUUGGAGUAGCUGACUUGCUGAGACUACUAGUGAACACGAGGGGGAACGAUCGCCACGUCCCGUCCUUUUGCACAUGUGGAGCAGCCUAUGCCGCUCAAGGUCAGGAAGCUCCAGCAGCCUCAGGGAACCGUCCCAUCCGGAUCCUGGGACCUACAGAGCUAGCCGGAUCCCGUCGAGGGGAAUGGGCCCGGCCUCGCUGCAGGAGGAGAGAGAGCCGGAGAUGGAGAGCUACCGCUGCCUUCUGCAGGCCGGCUCCCAGCUGGAGAGCACGCUGCAGCAGGUCACAGUCCCUGUGAGCCUGAAGGAGGUGGGUGGCUACAUAGAGAAGCAGGUGGCCUACCUAUCAGGCGGACGCGGGGAGGACUCCAGCGUCAUCAUCACCCUCCCCGAGUGCUCGGCUUUCAGUGACAUUCCGGAGGAAGCUUUGGCCAAAGUCUUCACGUACCUCACUCUCAUCCCACGAACCAGGCAACCUGGAGUCAAAUUUAUCAUCAUCUUAGACCGAAGACUGGACACAUGGGCCUCCAUCAAAACUGCACUGGCCAGGAUUUCAGCUUCCUUCCCUGGGAACCUCCACCUGGUGUUGGUGCUCCGACCCACCAGCUUCUUCCAUCGUACUGUAACAGAUAUUGGCUUUCGCUUCAGCCAAGAGGACUUCAUGCUUAAGAUGCCAGUGGUGAUGCUGAGCUCUGUCACAGACCUGCUGCGCUACAUCGAUGAAAACCAGCUGACGUCAGAGUUCGGGGGCACGCUGGACUACUGUCACAGCGACUGGAUUGUUCUACGAACGGCUAUUGAAGGUUUUGCUGUAACAGUUAAAGACAUUGCACAGAUGCUGCAGAGCUUUGGCACUGAGCUGGCAGAGACAGAGCUGCCCAGCGAUGGCAAAACCAUUGAGUAUCUCCUUGAGUCUCACACUGAUAAGUACAGAAAACUCAAGGAUGCGAUCAGAUCAGUAUCAAAGGAGGGUCGGCACCUUCUGUCCAGCCUGGAGACGUCUGAGGCCGAGGAGGACUCGCAGUGGGACGUGAAGCUGGACUGGGAGACUGUGCAGAGGCUUCUUGCUCAGCUCAGAGACAUGGAGUUGGCCUUUGAUGGCUUCUUUGAGAAGCAUCACCUGAAACUCCAUCAGUUCCUGCAGCUGCUCAAAUAUGAGCAGAGCUUUCAGGAGAUGGAGGUUUGCCUGGAGCACCUGAUGGCUCAGGAGAAGCAGCUUUCCACGUCUGUGGACACUCUGGUCCAGACGGAGCAGGCUCUAAAAAGUCUGGACGACCUGGAAUCGAACGCACAGGACGUGAUGGCUCGGGCCCAGAUCAUCAUCCUUCACGGCCACCAGCUGUCGGCCGCUCACCACUACGCCGUGGCCCUCAUCAUGCAGCGCUGCAACGAGCUUCGCCACCGCUGCGACACGCUCAACGCCGCCCUCAACACCAAGCACGCGCGGCUGCUGCACGCGCACCAGCUGCUGCUCUGCCUGGCACAGGCCCAGACGUGGUGCGACGACGGCGCUUACCUGCUGGCCAAUCAGCUGGUGGAUAAGUUCCAGUCCAAGGACGGGGCCCAAGCGGCCCUGAGGGACAUUGAGAAGUUCCUGGAGGAGGCGCCGUCUAUGCUGAGCUCAGGACCCGACGUCUUGGCUAUAGAGUAUGAGGCUGUAAUCACGCCUCAGCUGCAGGACGAGAUAGUGAAAUCCUUUGAGAAACAUGCGGCGGUGCAGCGGAUGAUCCAGAACCGCCAGGCUUGUCUGAGGAAGCUGGCGGAUAGACACGUCCGGCCGGUCCAGUUGGUGGCGCCGAGGCCCGAAAACCCACCGCGUGCCAAGUCCCCGCUCUUCUCCCCUAAACACGGUGAUGGUUUGAAGUUCACGUUCGACCUCUCUCUGCCUGGAAAGAGAGCGUCUCGAAAAAGCCCCAACCCACGAAAAAUAGAGGUGAUCCACGACUACCAGGAGAGCCGGAGCUGCGUGUCGUACGCUCUGGAGGGGGAGGACAGCCCGGACCUCCUGAAGCGCCGUGUGAUGAGGGAGCUCAUAGAGACAGAGAGGGUCUACGUGGAGGAGCUGCUGUCGGUGCUGCUGGGUUAUAGGGCUGAGAUGGACAACCCAGCUCUCUCUGGGCUUCUGCCUCCGAUCCUACGCAGCAAGAGAGACAUCCUGUUUGGAAACAUGCCCGAGAUCUACAACUUUCACAGCAGGGAUUUCCUUCAAGCCCUGGAAGGAUGCCUGGAGGCGCCCGAAGGUGUGGGAGCUUGUUUUCUGCAGCGGAAAGAAAGUUUCCAGAUGUAUGAGUGCUACUGUCAGAAUAAGCCGCGCUCCGAGGCGCUGUGGAGACAGUUCUCAGACUGUGUGUUCUUUCAGGAGUGUCAAAAAAAGCUGGAGCACAAACUGGGUCUGGACUCCUACCUGCUGAAACCAGUCCAGCGACUCACCAAAUACCAGCUGCUGCUCAAGGAGUUGCUCAAAUACAGCACAGACGGUGAGGGGACCUCUGAGCUGCAGGGGGCUCUAACAGCCAUGCUGGACCUGCUCAAAUCCGUCAACGACUCCAUGCACCAGAUCGCCAUCACGGGCUACGAGGGGGACCUGUGCGAGCUGGGCCGCGUGCUGAUGCAGGGCUCGUUCAGCGUGUGGCUCAGCCACAAAAGGGGUCCCACGCGCAUGAAGGAGCUGGCGCGCUUCAAGCCCAUGCAGCGACACCUCUUCCUGUACGAGCGCGCGCUGCUCUUCUGCAAGCGGCGCGAGGAGCACGGCGGCGACGGCGGCGACAAGGCGCCGUCGUACGGCUUCAAGCACUGCCUCAAGAUGACUGCUGUGGGGAUUACGGAGAACGUCAAGGGAGAUGUGAAGAAGUUUGAGAUCUGGUACAGUGGCAGGGAGGAGGUCUACGUGGUUCAGGCUCCCACAGUGGAGGUGAAGGUGGCCUGGCUCAACGAGCUUCGCAGAAUCCUCACAAACCAGCAGAAGCUGCUCAGAGAUGAAGUCCACCAACAUGGACACUUAGCAGAACACAUGCAGCUCUCCCAACCACUCGCAGACAGCAAGCAGCAGAGGGCGUCUGUGAGCUCGGAGGAGACCGAGUCGGGAAGGAGCAGUCCAGACCCCCAGCAUCACUCCCCAAAGCACCGGCACAACCGCAGGAGCUGGCCCGGCGCUCAUCACUCCGUAGACGCGUGCGAGGACCCGGAGUGGCCUGGAGGUCGGGACGCCUUCCACCCGUCUGACACCGAGGAGGAGGUUCUGUUGCAACUGUCUUCAGGCAGAUACAGGGCUUUGGCCGACUGUCUGCAGAACGGGCCUGACAGCAUCACCAUCAAACGCGAGGACGUCAUCCAGCUGCAGUGUCAGGACCCGAAGGGCCGCUGGCUGGUGAAGAACCUGAGCCGGAGACAGGAGGGCUUCGUGGCAGCCGCCAGCCUGCUGCUCGUCCUCGGAGACAGCGCUCGAGGCCCCUCAUCCGGACUCAGGGACCCGGGGACCCUGAAGGCGAGGAAGCUCAGCUCCCCGUAGCGACGAAAGCACAGGACGUGAAUGUGAAGUGAAAACCACGCUCUUUUGUUUCCAUCACUAUGAGGAGAAAACACGCAGAACUCCACAGACCCGGUUCUGUCGCAGCUUUGGGCCGAAGAUCUCGGGCUGCAGUGUUUUCCGGAUGUAAACGCGAGCAGCGGAGCAGCGGGACGUUUUGUGGAUUCACACAUCAAGCUCCUCUCAUGUUUUAGUCUCGGUUACAUGCUCAACGACGGGCUUUUUUUAAAGCAGAGACUUUUGAACCCGUGCGGCAUCGUUUUUAACCUUUUUUGUACCUCAGUGGUUCAUUGUGCACUUCGCUGGCAUUUCCCAUUGUAUUUUUCCUACACGUCAUCCCUCGAGGCACCAACCUUCUGAACUAGAGUUAAAAUGCCAAAACGUGCCAUGCCAUAAUGCCUUUUAGCCUCGUGUUCGUGCUGUUUGCAAAAUCAAACGCUCUCGUCGCUUUAACCUGACCUCACAAACAUCCAACAGGCACUUUAAUGCGGUGGAAGAGCCACCGACCGUAUGUUCUGCUGAACGUGCUCCUUGCUUCACCUCUCUGCUGCUGUACUGUAUGCACUUCCCCCUACUGAUGCUGUAUUUAUGUUGUGUAUUCUGAGCCCACCCCUCCCUGGCGCUGCUGUAAAACAGACACGGCGAGCGUCGGCGGCGUGUUCCUCUGUGGCGGCGCCGUGAACGAAGGGAAGGCGCCGCCGGGCCCCAAACGCCGUCGCUCACCUCAGGGCCUUCCGGGAGCCGCCUGUCAGUCACGCUGGCGUCGAGAAGGCCGAGCGAGGCAGAGGAACAGUGAGAGAGAGGCGCUUUCAAGGAGGCAGAUUGUUUCCUCCUCCCUGUUACAGCCCAGUUGAUCUCGGGGUCUCCAUUAAAAGGGAUUAUGCAGCCGACGCGAAACGUACCCUCUGUGUCAUAAUUAAAUAUUGAUUGCAGACUUAUAUGAAUUUAUCACAUCAAAUUGAGGUCCCAGUCGGAGGGCUGCCUUUGAUACGCGGUGUUUGAAAUGGAAAUAAGUGGAGUGAGCAGCAGGGGCCUCUGCGCGCUGCACAUUUCCUGUGUUGUUAAUUUAUUUAUUUCGCUGUCAUGUUGCUCCUUGGUACCGUGAGGUACCAGCGCAGCCCUGAAUCAAACUACAUCCUCACGUACUUACAGCAGUUAUGCUCGACUGUUCCGACCCCCCCCCCCCCUCGCUCUCCCCCUACGUUUACUUUUGAUUCAUGCUUGUAUGACAGAAUUCCCAUGAUUUCGUGGACACUCUGAUCCACAAUGCUGCAGAGUUUUGCACAGUUUCCGCCGGUCUGGAAAACAAAAUAAACCUGCUUGAAAUGUUGCGUGUGAACGAGCCGGGCCCCAGAUGAAUGUUUCUCUAAAGGAUGCAAACGCAUGGCAACCCAAUAACCAGGUUUCAAAAUGGCUUUUUUUGUACAGCUUCAGUUGUGUAAAAAUAAAAGUAUUUCAUGCA